AUGAACUUCCCUCAUGGCGAGAGACAGACCGCGGCGCAAUCUAAAGCGCCACAGGACGCAAAGGCAACCUCUCGGACGCUCCAAAAUGGCACGGCGAGAAAGGUUGCGAUGCUCGACAAAAGGCAGAAAAUAUGCCAGGACGCCAAGUCGAGGCCCCUAUGGGAACUAAGAACGCUACAAAUAAACCCAACGAGCGACAGAGAGUCCGCCGUCUUCCCCUCCAACUCGCUACACACUGGCCCCCUGCGCCUCGCACUACUCGUACUCGGACUACUCCUCAACACGCUGGUGAUAAGGGUGCAUACUCUGGUCCACCUUCUCUUCUUUGCCCUCGAAUACAUACUCUGGCGCACCGUGGACGACGUCUACUUCUCGGUCUGCCCGUACGUGCCCCUCUGGGCCUCUAUACUGGUCUCCCUCCUGCACGGGGGCGUAGAGGUGGCAAACAAAUACAGGCUCGGGAAGCUGAUAGACACGCAGCAGUGCCACGUCGUCGACCCCCGACGGCCCCGGGUGAUGAGCGUCAGCUGGGCCGACCUAACGCUGGGCAGCAUCGUCAAGCUGACCGCGGGGGAGGAGUCCCCCGCGGACAUCGUGCCUAUCUCCACCAGCGGGAGCAACGGCGUGGUCUGCGUUGACACGAGUUUGGUGGACGGUAGCGGCGACCUGAAGAUCAAGAGCUGCGUGAAGGACGCGGGCAUCGAGGCGUCCCUGCACACAAUGUGCCGCAUAAGGGGCCAGAUCGUCUGCAACAAGCCGAGCGCGUCCACUGAAUUUACGGGUACCCUAAAGCUGAGGGGUUUUCCCCGGUCCAACGUUCUAACUACGAGCAACUUUAUUCAGCGCGGCUCCAUCGUCAGGAACGCGGCCUCUGUCUACGGAGUGGUGGUCUACACCGGCAGAGACACUAAAUUUGGCAUCAACUCGCAGCGCAACACGCUAUUCAAGACGGCAUCCAUCGACCGGGAUAUAAACAUAUACACAAUGGGGCUGCUGCUGCUGUUCACUGCCUGCUGGGUCACCAGCCUCAUCCUCCACCACAGCCACGCCUCCUCGGGGUCCCAAAACCCCACAGCCAACAGCGUGAAAUUUACAAAGGUCCUAAAGUUUGCAUCGCUCUACCUCUCGCUCGUCCCCAACACCAUGGGGGCGCUCCUUGACCUAAACAGGCUCCUGCAAUGCGCCCGAAUCAAGCUAGAGAGCGCCGGCGCCCCGCCCCCGGCGGGCCCCGGCGCGCCUGACAUAAUUCCGCUAAGCGGUACGCGAAACGAAGAGCUUGGGCGCGUAGACUUUGUUUUCACGGGCUACCGCGGCGUGAUCACGAAGCUAAAGCCGGAAAUUGCUUUCAUACGCAUCGGAGACUCGCUCUACUCCGGGGGCCCGCAACGCGCAAUUGACACCUGCUACGUCGCUCCCAGUGGCGUACUGGAGCCCCUGCGGGUGCCCCUGCGCCCGGCCUCCCACCUUUUCAGGGCCCACCGCGAGCCGGACGCGGCCGAGAGGCGUGAGCGGCUGCGCAGCGUCGACCGCUUCCUAAAGCUGUGUAGCAUGUGCAACAUAUCCACGACUGUGCUCGGCGGCGGCUCGAGAAACCUAGGGAGCUGCGUCUUUUCCUCCUCCAAGUCGCUUAAGAUACCGCCCCGCGCCUCAGCGCUGGGCAGGCCCAGGCGCAGGCCCCACGCCACCUCGGCCGAGGCGCGCCCCGCUGACCCGCCACGCGGCUACAGGGUAGAGGCCGGGGCGGGUCUGGGCGGCCGGCUGCGUUCCGUCAUGUCGCUUGGUCGGGCCCCGUCCAGGGUAAUGAUAGACUACAUGUCCCUAUACCCCGAAGACGACUGCCUCGUGGGCUUUGCCUUCGACCGCGGCUACAAGCUGCUCUACAAGUCCGCAAGUUCCAUCGCAGUGCUGGUGCGCGGCAAGGUCCAGUGCUGGGAAAUCUUGGGGCUGCACGCGCCCUCGCCCCAGCGCAACAGGGUCUCGUUGGUCCUCCGCCCUGUGCGCAGGGCGGACUGGCAGCGCUGCGGGUUCAAGCCUAUGCCAUGCAGCUACGCGCCGGACGCGCGCCACGAGCGCAUCGCCCGCAGGUGCAGGGGGGCCAUAGUCCUCUCCAGGUUCACCCUGCCCGAUGCGGGGACCGCCGACCCGGAUGCGGGCACCGGCAGGGGUGGCACGGGCGACUUGAACGACUCGAGUGGAUCGAAUAGCUUGAACAGCUUGAACUUCUCGGGUGGGCUCAAAAGGGUCCAGCUCUACUACCGCUGGCUGACCGAGGGGCAGCUGGGCGAGUACCUGGCCAGGAAGGGCGAGGGAUCGUCCGGCGUCUUCGCCCCGGACGAAGAGGCCGUGGCCAGCGUGCUGGAGCGCGACCUUCAGCUGGUCGCGACCAUCGGGUUCAGGGCCGAGCUGGCGGAGGGCGUGGCAGAGACGAUGGCGCGCCUGGCCGGCGCGGGCGUGAGGGUCUGCCUGGCCACGGGUGGUGAGAGGGACGGCUGCGUGAGCGCGGCCCAUCAGGGCGGCCUGCUGCGCGACGGCGCCAGACUAUUUAGCGCGGCCCUGCCAGAGUCCACAGAGCUCUGCGACUCCGGGACAGCCAUGGGCCAGAUCAACGCCGCCCAGGAGGACCAGGGCAGGCAGCAGGUGCGGGCGCUGUCCGCGCAGCUGCUGGAGUCGUUCUACCGGGCGCGCGGCGAGUGCUGGGCGUCGGGGCCGCACCCCUCGCGCCACGCAGCGUCGCAGCCGCACCGGCAGCUCUGCCUCACCCUCUGCGGCCGCGACGUGGAGUCGUUCGCCGUGCAUAGUGACAUGGAGACCUGCCUGGCGAACAUGAUUUGCCUUUCUGACGUGAUUGUGGCGCAUGACAUGCUGCCCCAGCACAAGGGCCGGCUGGUAGAGCUGCUCAAGGGCCGGCUCACGCCGGCGCCCUCGGUCCUCGCCGUGGGCUACAGCUACGACGACGUCUGUGCCUGCAGGGCGUCGGACGUGGCCGUGGCGUUGGCACGGCCCGACUGCCAGGCGGUCGGCGUGCGGCAGGUCGGGGGGAACAAGCUGGUCUGCUGGUCCGACUACUUGGUGGGCGGGUUCUCCAGCCUGACGGACCUGCUGUUUUUCCACGGGUCUGUCUCCCUAGUCUCCACCUCGGCGAUCCUGUCCCAGCUGGUGUACUUGGGCGUCUGCCAGGGGGCGCUCUGCUUCCUCUACCAGGCCUUCACGGGCUGGGCGGCGCUGCCGCUCUACCCGCGCGCGCAGGUCUACGCCUGGUGCGCGUUCGCCGCUGUCUUUUCCGCGCUGCACGCAGCUUUUAUCCGACGCACGGCCCCACGCGCGCUGCUCAGGGGGGCCCCUCUGCUCUACGCGCUGGGGCGGCGGCGCUACUACCUGAACGGCUCACGGUUCGGCCAGUGGGUCGCGGAGGCAGUGGCGACAAGCGUGGCGGUUUUUUUCACGGCCAAGGCCGCGCUGGACGACUCGCCCUACCUGUUGGCGCCGACUCCUGAAGGAGGCGUAGGGCUCACCGUCUCGGCCAGCGCUUACAACGCGCUGAUGGCGGUCGCGGUGCUGCUGGUGGGCAAUAUGCGCGUGUCUAUGCAGUGCAACGCCUGGAUGCUGCACUCGCACGGGGUGUCCGUGGGCCUGGCAAGCCUGUUGGCGCUUUUCGCUCCCACCGUGCUCACCGUGCUCCUGCUGGGCACGGGCGCACUUUCCCGGCAGCUGUCGCGCUGGCCCUACACUUGGGUGCUGGUUCCGCUUUGGGUGGCGAUAGCGCUGGUGGGAUCUGAGGCCUUCGCGCUGCUCGGCAAGCGCCUGCGCGGGGACGUCCUUGACCGGUUCCAUGCCCGGGCCGCGCUGCUCCUGCGCGACGCCUCGCGCUGCCUAAAGCGCGGCGUGGCGCUGGGGCCCAGCGGCGCGAUGGUUUCGCGCGGCCGGUGGCACUGGCUUCGGCCCCAGGUCUGGACGCUCACGCCGCGCGUGACGCAGGCCGUGGCCGACGCAUUCGGCGACGACCCGGCGCUGGCGGCCGCCCUUCCGGCCCCGCGCGCGUUUGCGGUGCGCGAGGCGGCGGACGUUGUCAAGCACGAGGAGGACGCGCCGCCGCCGGGGGCCACCGAUCACGUCCAGACGUCGCACCUGCUGAACCGGGUGACGCUUUGGUUUAAGGACCCGCAGCUGGAGGCAGAGUACGUCGCCAGCAGGAAGCGGAGUGAGUACUUUUCGUCUGUGCUUUGGUACCGCUGCGUGUUUUCAGUUUUUUUUGUCUUUUACAUCGCUAGCUGGGUUGUGGAGCACCAGGUGGCGCGGGCCUGGAGCUUUGGCGCGCGUGGGCGGUGGGGAGGCGCGCGGGUGAUGCUGGCGCUGGCGCCGCUGUUGCUCGUGCUGCUGGCGCUCGCCGCUGGAAUCGUAGCGACGUUUUACCGCGCCGCGUUUUCGAGGCACUCGAAGCUGGUGCAGGGCGCCGUUGUGGCGGCUGUGAUUUUGCAGAACCUGGGCGCGGAGGCGUUUUGCGCGCAGGAGUUCCGCGACUCUAACUGGUUCCACAGCAUCCUGUUCCCCAUAUUCACGUUUGUGAUCCUCCGGCUGCCCUUUUUGGCUGCCCUGGUCAGCAACUUGUUCUUCAUACUGGCCAACGUUGUGUUGGGUCACGCGUUGCCCCCCGCGAACGGCUCCUCUAACUUUGCGAUUUGGAGCCAGGAGAUGCCGCUCUACAUCGGCAUCAACCUGCUGGUGGUGCUGGUGGGGUACCGGCUCGAGUACAACGCCCGCAAGAGCUUCAUCCUCGAGUAUGCGGCGGCCUGCGCGCGCCGGCGGCAGCGCGAGAUCCUUAAUACGAUGCUUCCGCACUUUGUUGUGGCGCAUAUGAUCAACGAGGAGCGCACGCACGAGGCGCCUGUCGGCCCUGUCACGAUGGGGCUGGCGGCGGAGGAGCGGGACGCCGUGACGGUGCUGUUUUGCGACGUCUACAGGUUCCAGAACUGGGUGGCCAUCCUGGAGCCCACCAAGUUGGUGGAGCUGCUUGACGUGCUCUUCCUAGCAUUUGACAAGUGCGCGCAGGAGUUUGGCUGUACCAAGAUCGAAACUGUGUUUGAGAGUUACCUGGCUGCGGCGGGGCUCUCGCUGGACGCGCGUGGCGCGCAGGAGUGCCCUGCGGCUGCGGCGGCCCGGGCUGUAGACCUGGCGCUGGCCAUGCUGCAGGCGGUGGCCCUGCUCCACGCGGACGCGGUCCCCGCGGGCGAGCGGCUGCAGGUUGUGAUAGGGGCGCACACGGGGCGCGUUAUUUGCGGGGUGGUGGGGAGCAGGAAGCCGCAGUAUGCGCUUUUUGGGGACACGGUCAACACGGCCAGCCGCAUGAAGUAUACGGGCGAGCCGGGGCACGUACAUAUAAGUUCGCAUACGCACGCGCUGGUGUCCGGCGACAGCACCCUUUCGUUUGAGCGCCGGGAGACCAGCGUGAAGGGCAAGGGGCUGAUGGAGACCUACCUCCUCCGCGCAGUCGCGGGCAGCCAGUACCCGAGCUAUCAGGGGGCCGCUGCGGAGGGCGGGGGCGAGCGCGCUAGGGUCCGGCGGCAGAUAAUCGCGGCGGCUCUUGGGGAGCGUGACGAGUCGCUGGAGACGCCGUCUGGCGCGGGGCUAUCGCAGUUGUUUCGGGAGAGCGUGGAGGAGUUGGUGCCCGCGUCGGGCUGCCUGCGUUGCCUGUCUGGGCGAUACGGGGCGAGUUCGGCGUACGAGGCAGAGGAGGCGGUUGCGGAGGAGGGCGUGGACGACCCGGGGCUUUCCUCGAAGGCCAUAGGUUGGGUUUCUCUAAAGUUUACGGACAAGUUGUUGGAGGAGAAGUAUCGGUUGAACUUUUACAGCGACCGGGCGAACGUUUCCACGAUAGAGCAGACGCUGGCUAUAUUUAUAAUUAUAUUUGUGGCGCAGACGGUGACUUCAAUGGGCCUGCCCCGCAUAUUUUUGGACCCGAGCAGCGUGCAGCACCGCCUGUUUGUCAACUACCUUUCAUACUGGAGCGUGAGGUCCGGGUAUACCGUUGGGGCGUUUGUCCUCUGGUUUUACUUUCACCACCACUCUUCUACGCGCGAAGCGGUUGUGUCAAAGUGGAUGAUUUUUUUUCUGAGUCCGUUGUUUGUCAGCGCGGCCUGUAUUUUUUCGCUUUCAAACUCGUGGGCCAUAGCCAAGGAGCCGUUGGGUGACUCUCAGAACUUGUGGCUUUCCUGCGACAGCAUUGAAUUUUACUUUUAUAUAUGCCUGUUGCACCACAACACGGGCAUGCUGUUCCAGACGUGCAUACUCGUGGACCUGCUGCUCAUCACCAUGUCUAUAACAUUUAUUUCAUCGUCUGUGGUUAAGACUGCGGUUACAAGCGUCACGAUUUUUAAUAUACCCUGCUUUAUCCUCUUCAACCUAAUUUCCGCCCAUUGCAAGGAGACAAUUGACAGGCGGACGUUUUACGCCAACGAGCGCGCAAAGGCCAUUGAGGCCAAGGCCUCGCAGCUGCUCAAAGACAUGCUGCCGAAAAAUGUGUUGGAAGAGUUCCAAAUGGAUAAACUGCGUCUCGCCUAUCGCCACGAAAACAUGUCAUUUCUCUUCGCCGACAUUGUGGGCUUCACUACAUGGGCAAAGUCUGUGGACGCGUCCGAGGUCCUCAACAUGUUGCAGAACCUUUUCGCCAGGUUCGACAGGAACAGCACCAAGUUCGGCCUCUACAAGCUCUGCACGAUAGGGGACGCGUACGUGGCCGUCAGCGAGCCGACUACCGCGGAGGACGCCGCGGCCACUGCCGCCGACGGAACGGAGGGAGUGCUGCUAAUGGCUCACUCGAUGCUCGCCAGCAUUCAGGAGAUACGCGAACGCCUGGGGAUACCCGGACUCAACAUGCGGAUAGGGCUCCACUUUGGCUCUGCGGUGGGAGGGGUCAUAGGGUCGGGCCGCCUGCGCUACGACCUCUGGGGAAUGGAUAUACUCACGGCAAACAUGAUGGAAAGCAACGGAGCUCCAGGGAAAAUCAACGUCUCUGAACGCUUCAGGGAUAUACUCAUGCUCAACUCGCCAAACCGCUUCACGUACACCUUUAACAAGGAAGUCCGGGUCAUUGACCAGACCGUGCGGAGCUACAUACUGGGCCCGCUCGCUUAG